GUUUUCAUGACGUCACCGUGGGAAAUUUCAAUAUUCCGACACUGGCGAUGUUCAAAGAAAGCUUCUAAGAAUUUCAUAUUUCGCCCUUUUUGCGGAAUAUUCAGUCUUAUAAAUUAACAAUGCCAACGUCAGGAGAGAGUGGAAUUGUUCCUUCAUCAACUUACAACCUGAGGAGAAAGGCCCUUCCAAAGACUUCAUCAAGACCUACUACUUCAUCUAGACCUACUACAAGGAGCUCCAAUAAGGAGAACGUCAGUUUAACAAAGGCACCAGUAUCAACAAGAUCUACAAGACUUACAAAGAAGACAGAGCAGAGCAGCAAAAUCCCAGUGCCCAACAGCAGGAUCCCUGUCCCGAGGACCACCCGAUCAACAGCCUCCAAGACAACAGCAGCCGCCUCUACUCCAACACGCAGGAAGGUCCCAGACUUUGAGAAGCUUCACAAAUCAUGGAAUAAAAAGCUUCAGCAAGGGAAAGCGGUCGCCAAAAAGCCUUGUACACAGACUGAGGCUUUUGAUUUGACAAGGCCAGGCACCCAUUUCAAGAGUGCCUACUACGAUGGCACAAAGAAAGACGUCAAAAGCCGCAGACAGACGGGGUUCGGGGGCUUCAGGGGCGAGGAGGAGGAGGAGUUUGAGGUAGACAAUGGCGCCCUCAACGACAUCCUCAUCGGUCAAGGGCUGGAGGAGAAAGAGAUCAAGCAGGACAGCAGAGUGUCUUCAAGAGCAACUCUUGCUGGGACAGGUGUUUCGUCAGUGGUUGCCUCACGUCUGGGUGGAAGGAGGCAGACUCUAGGACAGCUGUCAUCAACAGGAGCAGGGCGGGUCAACAACUUCUCAAAUGUCUCCGCGGUCAGAGAAAUCGACAAAGGAGGGAAGCAUCAUGGGAAAAAAUCUCUCCUGCAAGAACAAAAUGACGCAGGGAUAACUUUUGAAGAGAGUACCGAUGCCCUUGCCAGCAUCUUGAACAACACCGGACUGCACUCGUUUGAUAAGCAACACGACAUCAUGGGAGGGCGCCAGACCAUUUCAGGAAUGUCCGCUAAACAGAGACAGUCUGGUAGAUUUAACGUGACAACUGGAAGGACAUCCAUCUAUUACCAGAAACCCAAGAACCACGAUGUCAGCAAGGUCUACAGUGAGUUUGCCAAGAGGACCUUGUCUCGCUUCACAAUGGAUGGGAACCAAGCGAACUUCAAGACUGCAUUCAUCGAUAGUCUCCUGCCCGAUAACAGAGGAUCCUUAUAUAUCAAACCAAGCAUCCCCGCUACCGAGAAACCAGCUGGCAUAUACCACGCGACAUCAGACACAAAAUCCACAUCAUCAAAGACCCUAAAGGCAAUGACACCGGCCAGAGUACCCCGUCCAACAUCAGACACAAACACUGUAUCAUCGAAGACCUUGAGGGCAGUCACACCGGCCAGAGUACUGGUCACUGACAAGACAAAGAGUGCUGCUAAAGUAGCAAGAACACCGGGAACUGCUGCCAGAAUUCCUAAUCCUAGGUUCAAUGAAGCUCUCAACAAACAGGAACAGUCAUGCUCACCUUCACUGACACCAGCAAGACGUAUCCCUACAACACCGGGGGGUCAGAGCCAGAAGAAUGUUCGCUGGGCUGAUGUUCUUUCCUCGCCUCCAGAUGGGGAGGGAGCAGAUCACAUGAGCUCUAAGGACGUGGUAGCAGUUCUAAACUUUGGUGAUGAUGGUGAAGAUGCAGUCUCUCCUGAGACAAAAACGAGACUCCAUGAGAUGGAGAAGCUAGAAGCAGAGACGGUGGCCAACAGGCAAAAACUAAAUGAAAUGGAAGAGAUAGAAAAGCAAUUGGAGCUGGAAAUAGCUCGUCUACACGGGGUAGGAGACGUAGAAGAAGUUGAAUCCUCUGAACAGCCCUUCAGUCAUCCUGCCUCAACCCUGCCCCACUCAAUGACUAACCUGCAAAUAGCGGAUCCUCCUGCAUCAAACAUGCUGGACCAUGUCCCAACCAAGCAACCUGCGGAUUAUAUGGAUCCAGUUAGGAUGAGCAAUGUGGACAAUAUGGAGGCCCUCGCUGCACCUGCACCUGCACCUGCGAUGACAGCACAUGGGUAUGGCAGCAUGCCCAACAGAGAGCUUCAGCAGCAGCAUGUCCCAAGGGAAGCGCAGCAUCCGCAGCAGCAGAGGUUCCAGACAGGACAAAACCAUAUGCAGGCAUCAGACUUUGAGAGAGCAUUCAGUCACCAACAAGGAGACAGAGCUCUACCAAUGGAGAUUGAUUCAUUGAAUGAUUAUUCUGCUAGAGGCAUUGAUACGAUGAGAAAGGAUCCAAGUUCAUCGUACAUGCCAUAUGUCAGUCAGGGUUUUUCAAGUGUCGCUGACAAUCUAAGUACAGCUCACCCAGAAAUGAGAAGUACUGAUGUUGGUGAUUUUGCUAUGGGUGAUGUUCAUCGUAUGACUGACGGUUCCCAGCGGCUUCGAUCUCCAUCAGGACCAGAGCUGAUGGUUUCAGACAGCACAGAAGCCUUCCAGGGUGUCUUCCCUGCAUUCCUGCAGAAGUCUUGCCAGUCGUCCAGUCAGUCGUCCAGUCAGUCGUCCAGUCAGUCGUCCAGGCGUCCUGAAGUUCACAAUUUCCCUAGUGCCAUUGUUGGCCAGGAAACUGCCCAGGGCCAUUCAAUGAUGCAUGCAUCUUCAGCAGUGAAACCGCAUAUACAGGACUCUUUUCAUAGUCAGAGAGUAGACUUGGGUCAUAAUGGUCAGCAACACUUUGGAUUUCGGCAGGACCAUAAGAACAUGCCUUUCUCUUAUGCUCCAAGUCAUGACAGUAUCAGAACAAUUGUUACAACCGAUCCAUAUGGUAGAGGGACUGAUCCUCCGUCUUCUGUGCUCCAAGCUCCUGCAGCAAUUACAAAACCCCAUAUACUCCACGACACCCAGCAAGCUUUUAAUGUUCCAACCAAACCCAUACCACCCAUGGACAAUCCAAGGUUGGCUAUUCACACACCCCAAGCUGUAAGAAGUGCACAGGGAGGAACGUCCUUCCUUAAACCCACUCCAGAUUUGCGAUCAAUGUCAACACCCCUUCACCAUUCAUCAGUGAUGCCCACUCCCAUUCAAAUGCCUUUGGCCAUGAGGAACUCUUCUUUAGCGUUGUCCUUGGGUAGAGAACAUCUGCAGUGGCCUUCGCCUGUUGUCGCACCCAAUGCCCCAAGCUUCCAAUCGUACGGUCAGAAUACUGGCUCCUUAACUGCCCCAAGCUUCCAAUCGUACGGUCAGAAUGCUGGCCCCUUAGCUGCCCCAAGCUUCCAAUCGUACGGUCAGAAUGCUGGCCACUCAACUGCCCCAAGUACAUUGAACACUGCCAGGUCACAACAGAGCCAUAACCAGCCUACAAACUCUUUUGGCCAUCCGUCAGCGGCAACACCUGCGUCUUCAUUGAUUCAUCCCGUCAUCGGCCCUCUUCAAAGCCGCCCAGAUCAUCCUGCUGGUUCUAUGUCUACAGCUUUUCAGUACAGCCGACCCCACACUGCUUCAGUGUCGUCUGAAGGAACCAGGACUAUUCCCAGCCAGGGUCAGAGUUUAGGGAUCGUAAGAUCACUGUCUUUGAGUGACAGCCUCAUGGGUGGCCGUCAUCGUGCUCAGGUACAGCCAGUGAACCGACAAAUGGAGAGUGAGAGAGAAACGAGUGGGCAGCUGUUUCACCAAGUACUGCUAGACGAGGAAUGCGCCCUCUAUGCCUGUAGACUGAAAGGGAGAUACACACCCCAAUCUCUAGAACCUCGUCCUAUCAAUCCUAUAGCUAAGGUCCUUCUACACGGUGAUGAUAUGCAUUUUGUACCCAUCAGAGACAUUGAGUUUGUGGCAGUUUCAUCUCCAACCGGAUCAGCCUUCUCUAACUACUACAUGACGACAUGAUUACAGGAACCACCAUCAGACACACUCACAAGGCACAACCCAGGGAAAAAAAGCUAAUACACUCUUUCACGGUUACAAGAGUGUGCAUGCUCUGACAUUAAAUUACGAGUAAACAAAGUUCUUUAAUCGUUUUAAAAUG